UCAUUAAAAUACUUAACACAUAGUUUUGAGUAGUGCGCGAGUGAGAAAACAGAGUAGGAAGCGAGUGAAGGAUUAGAGGGCAGGACACGAUGAAAGAUGAUUGAAAUUCAGCCACAGAACGGACUUGGAGCAUGCUCUUGAACACACUCCUUCCACCCGGAAAUACGAAUAAUUCCCAAAGAUGGCGGAGCAAGGGCCAAUGGCGAUAGCUAUGCGGCUAAGAAAUCAACUCCAGUCCGUAUAUAAGCUCGACCCGUUACGAAAUGAGCAGGAGGAAGUGAAGUUGAAGAUCAAAGACCUGAACGAGCACAUAGUGUGUUAUCUCUGUGCUGGGUACUUCAUCGAUGCCACAACUAUUACCGAGUGUCUGCAUACAUUCUGUAAAAGUUGUAUUGUGAAAUACCUCCAAACCAGCAAGUAUUGUCCAAUGUGCAACAUAAAGAUCCAUGAAACCCAGCCUUUAUUGAACCUGAAAUUGGAUAGAGUGAUGCAAGACAUUGUCUACAAACUGGUUCCAGGACUUCAAGAAAGUGAAGACAAGAGAAUAAAGGAAUUCUAUCAGUCGCGUGGGCUUGAGAGAGUUGUCCAACCGUCUGGGGAAGACUCCAUACCAGAUGCAGGAUUACCUUUUACCAGCUUUGACCAUUCCAAGGCCCACUUCUACAGAUAUGACGAGCAGGUCUCGCUUUGUCUAGAGAGGCAAAGUUCAUCUCUUUCUGAAAAAAAAGAUAAGACCAAACUGACUCUUCAACAGAAGUUUGUGCGCUGCUCGGUCCGAGCUGAGGUGAGACACCUGCGUAAAGUGCUAUGUCAUCGACUGAAUGUGGAGAAGCACCAGAUCCAGAUGUUGUUCAAUAAUGAGUCCCUUCCAGAUCACAUGACCAUGAAACGGCUGUGGAUCUCUCACUGGUUUGGCAAGGCUCAACCGUUGGUCCUUCACUACACUAUUAAGGACAAAAGGACAAGAUAGAACUUUUCUUGCCUGGCUACCCAUCCACAUCACUCUGGCCAACUGAUGUUUCUUGUCCACCAUGAGUCUGGGUUUGCCGCCCCCCCCCCCCCCCCCUCCC